GCCAAGUCACCGGGACGGGAAACUCCCGUCACUCGCCUGGCAGCAGCAAGCCAUAACAAAGAUCCAGAUACGCUGCGACGCGCUGUGCUUGGCACGUGACUAUAUGCUAAGGUCACGAUGUUGAGUUUCACGUGGUGAGUGGCCACAACCAUGUGCCAUGUGGCUACGAAACAAGAGUGGCCCGCCCACCGAUCCCCGGAGGAUCGUCUCGCUCGUUGGACUCCCCGCGCGUACGUGGGCUUCACUGAAAACAGCGCCACCGCAAGAAGCGCGCAACGCCACCGGCGCAAGAAGGACGAGUCCGAGUAGUAGAGCAAGAGAGAACGCUCACGCUCGUCGGCUCCCCCAGUCGCACUGGGGGAUGAGAGGGGGGACAGUACGAUUCAAAGCUGGAGAGGGAGAAGGAGCGCCUGGCGGAGGCAAAGAGACACGAGCUCAAGAGGGUGAAGCGGCAGGCAGGCGGUGGAGUGCGAUUCAAGAAACAAAGUAUGCGAGUCGAUCCAGAGUUCUGAAUCACAUUUGCUGUCACCGGGUACGCAUGUUCGAUUGGGCCGAUGCCUCACGGUUUGACUCUUCAAUCAUUGCACCAUGCAAAUACAUGUCGCGAAUACUAUGCAUGGUGCACACCAGGGACUGAUGGUCUCUGGGUAGUAGACAGAGAGCACACGAGCUCAAAUUUGUAUCAUGGUAGACAGUUCCACAGCCUCUAUCCUCGUACGAUGGAGGUAUGGGAUGAUCAAAGUGCCAUGGCACCCGG